AUGAGUGGAAGAGGCGAAAACUUUUGGAAAACAAAAAUGACAAAUUUAUUUUAUUUAUACGAUGCUGAUGGAGAUGGUUCUAUAACACCAGUUGAUUUUGAAAUUCUUGCUAGUAAAUUAUCAGGUCUCGUAGGUCAAGAUAAUCCUCAACAUUCCGAACAAUAUGCAACGGCACGAAAAACAUUAUGCGAGGAAAUAAUGCGAGCAGAUUCAAAUCAUGAUGGAAAAGUGACACUUGAUGAAUGGUUAGAAUUUCAUCAACGUUUAAGAGAUGAAUUAACUAAACCAGACACAGAUCCUGAAUUACUCGAACAAUUAUGUGAAAGAGUGAAUACAACAUUUAAAAUGUUAGAUCUAAAUAAUGAUGGUAUGAUUGAAAAAGAUGAAUGGAUGAAAACAUGUCAAUUUUUUGGUGUUAAAACGGAGGCAGCAGAAAAAGCAUUUAAUCAAAUAGCCAAAGAUGGGAAAUUAAAAGAAGAUAAAGCGAAAAAAUUAUUUUUUGAAUAUAUAAAAAGUGACGAUCCAGAUCAUAUUUCAAAUUGUUGUCUAUGUUUUUUAUAA